CUCCUCGCUCGCGCUCUGUCGCCCGGCCGCGCCUGCGCACACGGGGGCACGCCUGCUGAGGAGAGACGAGCGAGCCAAGUGCCUCGACGGGCGCCGCAAGCUGAGAGGCCCCGAGCCCGCGUCGCCGCCUCCCUUCGUUCUCCUCCCGCCUCUUCCUCGCCUUCCGUGGAGCCUCGUCUCGCCAGGGCCGCGGAAGGCGUGAAGGCCCGACGCCUCCUCCUCCCCCCGACCUCCCCCGCAGUUUCUCCCCCAAAAACGAGGAGGGAGAAGAAGAAGGAGCAGCAGCGCGUCUCUCGCCUCAGCCGCCCACAAUGACGAGCCCCCGACUCGGAUGUAAAGAAAUAUGCAUUGUUACAAUUUUACUUUGGAAUUGAUGAAGUGGAAAUACAGAUGAAACCAGUUAGCAGAAUAUUGACCGUACAGCACAGUCCAGCUCUUUGAUUAAAGAAAACAAGCUGGAAUAACGGCUGCUUCAACUGGCUUCCAAACCGGCUAUCUGAUUUCACUAAACAGCCCAGCUUAAAACUUGCCACACCAGCAGGGCAGGUUGCCAAGUGUGACAGUGCACAGGAAGAAUAUAAAUGUGAACAAUGAUUUGCCUGCAAGUUUACAUCAGAGUGCUGGGCUUCUGUGUCUUAAUUGUUUCUCAGGUUCAAGGGCAGAAUCUAGACAGCAUGCUCCACGGGACAGGGUUGAAGAUGGACCCCAAUCAAAAUAAGCAGGAAGAUGGAGUAACCCUCGCUCCAGAGGACAAGUUGCCUUUUUUGAAGUGCUACUGCUCAGGGCACUGUCCAGAAGGUGCCAUUAAUAAUACCUGCGAGACCAAUGGACACUGCUUUGCCAUUAUUGAAGAAGACGAAAAUGGAGAAACCACACUUGCUUCAGGCUGCAUGAAGUAUGAAGGUUCAGACUUCCAGUGCAAGGAUUCUCGGAAAGCACAGUUGCGGCGAACGAUUGAAUGCUGUCAGACAGAUUUCUGCAAUCGAGAUUUGCAACCCACUUUACCUCCACCUAGUCCAGAUGGCCUCUUUGAUGGUGGCAUUCGCUGGAUAGUUGUUCUCAUUUCUAUGGCAGUCUGCAUUAUAGUGAUGAUCAUCUUGGUUAGCUGUUUCUGCUACAGGCAUUAUUGUAAGUGGGUUGCAAAAAGACGGUGUUAUAAUCGUGACCUGGAGCAGGAUGAAGCCUUUAUUCCUGUUGGGGAGUCCCUAAAGGACCUUAUUGACCAGUCACAGAGCUCGGGCAGCGGUUCUGGGCUUCCAUUGUUGGUCCAGCGCACUAUUGCCAAACAAAUUCAGAUGGUGCGGCAAGUUGGGAAAGGGCGAUACGGAGAAGUAUGGAUGGGGAAGUGGCGGGGUGAGAAAGUGGCAGUGAAAGUGUUUUUCACCACCGAGGAAGCCAGCUGGUUUCGAGAAACUGAGAUUUACCAGACUGUUCUCAUGCGCCAUGAAAAUAUACUUGGUUUUAUAGCAGCAGAUAUCAAAGGCACAGGCUCCUGGACCCAGUUGUAUUUGAUUACAGAUUAUCAUGAAAAUGGAUCUCUGUAUGAUUUUCUGAAAUGUACCACCCUCGACAACAGAGCUUUGCUCAAGCUGGCGUACUCCGCUGCCUGCGGGCUGUGCCAUUUGCACACAGAGAUAUACGGAACCCAAGGCAAGCCUGCGAUUGCGCACAGAGAUCUGAAGAGUAAAAAUAUGCUGAUAAAGAGGAAUGGGACUUGCUGCAUCGCUGAUUUGGGCCUGGCGGUCAAAUUUAACAGUGAUGCAAAUGAAGUGGAUGUCCCUUUGAAUUCAAGGGUGGGAACAAAACGUUACAUGGCACCAGAAGUCCUGGAUGAAAGUCUGAAUAAAAACCAUUUCCAACCAUACACCAUGGCCGACAUAUACAGCUUUGGCCUGAUCAUAUGGGAAAUGGCUCGGCGUUGUGUCACAGGAGGUAUUGUUGAAGAGUACCAAUUACCCUAUUACGAUAUGGUGCCAAACGAUCCUUCGUAUGAGGAUAUGAGAGAGGUGGUUUGUGUUAAGCAUCUGCGCCCAAUAGUAUCUAAUCGAUGGAAUGGUGAUGAGUGUUUAAGAGCAAUAUUGAAGCUAAUGUGUGAAUGCUGGACCCACAAUCCUGCCUCGAGACUGACAGCUUUGAGGAUCAAGAAGACGUUGGGCAAGAUGGUAGAAUCGCAGGAUGUCAAGAUUUGACCAAAAAAAAAAUUGUUACUGAGGAGUGGAGUUUGGACUUCUAGAGCUUUUCACUCAAGCAAGUAGAGAGUCUGGUGAGAAAGGGAGGCUAUCUGAGCUUCAGCCCGGUUCCUCACCACACUUCCGCAGGCUGCUAACCUUCAAUCAUACAGUACUUUAUAGAAUAUGGUAUCUGCGUACGCUAUAUAUGGUACACACGUGGACAGCCUCAUUUUACUUUUCGUUUUAAAAGCUUCAUUGAGAUUUUUUCACCACGCUUUCAAACUUCCACAGAACUCUUUUGAGUACUGAAUUGCACAUUCAGAGAGAGAAAUGUAGUGCUUUCUGUGAAAGCCUUAACUUAAAUGAAUUCAACAGCAUUGAAAAAAAAUAAGCUUUUUUUGGGGGGGGGCCUUUUACAUGAUGAUUGAUAUCUUACCAAGUCUUGGUGAAAUCACCUGCGGUUCUCAGUCCAGGGGCACUUUGUGAUUUGACAUAAAUAAGCCAUUUAUGUUUGCGUGUGUGCGCCCAGAUUUUUCCUCUGCCAUUUGGAAUACCUAAGAAGCCAUCUGAGUUCAUGCAAAGCUACCAUUUCCUACUGUGAUGCCUUUGCAGCAAGAGCCUGAAACCUGGUUAAGGAAAUUUGAGUUCCACCCUCCUUUUUUUGUGUGCGUGAUGAACGGGGAAAAAACACAAUACAUCCCAUGACCAAAAGUCAGUGGCUGCUACACACUAUGCAGUAAAGUCACCUUUGAGUCUGACAUGAAAAACCAAACCUGACUCAGAUCAUACGCCCUGUGCUGUGUGGUGUUGUGUUAUUUUUGAAGACCGAACACACAACACAGAACAGUUAAGCCUCUCUGAUAAUUUAAGUGCCUGUAAUCUUGUACUGUAAACCGUACCCUAGCUAGCUUUAAAAAGGGAAGUUAUUUAUAUAGUGUUUACUGUACUUUUGUUUGCUAAGUACUUGCUGUUUUGUAUAUGUGCAAAUAUACCCUGCAUGGAUCUGAAACGAACGAGCUCACAAAUAACUAUGCCCAAGCUUGAUCAAAAACACACGCAUGGAGUGUGACAUGAAGAAACAUUGGACGGUCUGUCAAAACAUGUGCCUGGAUACUACAAACUAUUUAAAUUUCCCUUCAGAGGCAUUCAGUCAGAAGUUUAAUGCUGUACUAGUGUGAAUUCAAAUGCCUAUCAAAUGUGGGGCUGUUUUUUUUUUUUCCUUUCUAAAUUUUGCUCUAUAGGUCGCGAAAUGCCAAUAGUCCGGCAAACUAUUGCAGUAUUUUUUUAUUUAUACCUUGGUGUACAAAUUUUAUUUAACAUUUCCUUAAGUCAUUGCUUUUUCAGUAAUGCUUUUUUUUUUUUAGUAUUAGUACCUGUUCAGCUGAGCAAUUCAUGAGUACGUAAGCUAUGAAUUAAUUUAUUUUGGAAGCAGCAAGUCAUGGACAAAUAUUGUGCCACAGUCUCAAGCAAAAAGGAUUACACUUUUUUUCCGUCCAUUGCCAAGAAAAAUCGUUCUCAACAUUUUGUUUUGCACAGGUAGCUUGUAGACAUUCAGUAUAAACCAGGAGGGGGGGGGGGAGAAAAGAGCCCCGUGGGCCUGAUCAGAGCCCUGGGCGGGUCGGUUCUGGCCCACGGGCCAGAUGUUUGACACCCCUGGUAUAACCCCCCAAAUUAUUAGUC